AUGGAAAGUAUGGAAGACUUCAAAUCAAAUGACACAGUACAAUCAACCCGAUCUGAUGAUAGUUCUGAUGAGGAAUUUAUGUCGAAUAUGGGAAUAACCAAUUUGGUGCCUUCAUUUGUUCGUGAUAUGUGUACGAAACCACAAAAUAUUGAACUAAGAGUCUGUUAUGACGCUCCAACUCAUCAAUCAGCUUACACCUACUCGAUCACGUGGGAAGAUGAUUCAGAGGGGAAGGAGAAAAAGAUUUUGGAGGAAAUCAAGAAGACAACUGCUCGGAAAAAUAGUUUUGAGAAGGGAGUCAGUGCCCAUCUCGUUCCGACUACUGUCACCGACAGUCUCAUCCACCAGCCUCUUCCCUACCCUCCUCCAGUUUUUGCAAUUUGUGAUGGUCCAUGCAAAAAGUCGUUUCCAUCGAAUCUUCUGAAUACAAUCGGAAGAUGUGGACACUAUAUUUGUGCUGCAUGUUAUGGAAUCGUCCGAAAUUCGGAUGGAACAUAUGGAUGUAGUUCAGCACAUUGUAAUUGGGAAGGAGAGACGAGAAGUGAUGCAAAGAGAUUCUUUCGGGAAGAGAUCUGUCCGAAACAGAGACAACGUGCUCGUGAGAUGAAAUCUCUCGGAAUAGAUGUGAAAUCAGCGUCCACGUCGUCAUCGAGUAAAAGUCAUUCGAAUUCGAUGAAAUCAUCUCCAAUUAGUCAGAAUACUUGUGGAUAUUCAGAUGAGACUGACUGUAUUCUCAAGUCUUCCAAAUCUUCAUUCAAACUGAUAUUUCCAUCGAAAAAUGAGAUUAUCGGAGUGAAAUUAAUCAUUUUGGAGACGAUCCAAUUCGAUGGAUCACAACAAAACGUUGCCGAGUUGGAAUUCCAAUCGACUACUAAAAUCAAGAAGGCAAUCAGUGCUCUUCUCUUCCAAAAAUUCAAUAAAUUCCCGCCUCCUGGAUUACUGUAUCACGUGGAAUUACAGCCGAAUAUGAAGAGGAAAGUCCGGAGAAUUCGAAGCAAAGAAUACGAUUCGAUGGCACUUUUUGAUUUCUCUCAAAUUGCCGAGUACAUUGUUUUCUUGAUGGAUUUCGGUGGUUUUGUGAAGGAUGGAUCGGAGAUCAAUUAUUCAUAG